GACCAUAUGCUUCAGUCCCUGCUCACUCUUACACAAGCAUCUCCUAAGAUCGAGUUGUACUACAAUUUCGGACAAAACAAAAUCCCCACAAAAAACCCAUAGGAGCACUGAGGAUUUCAUACAACUGAAGAAGAUACCAUACUUUCACCAGCUCUGGUUAUUGUUGUUUUUCAUUUUCCUUUAGGUAUUUCUGUGUUGUUGUUUUUUUAAAAAAAUCCAUAAAGAACAUGUCUGAGUUCAGCCAAAACUCUGACCAAGAAGACGUCUGUUCUGGGGAGAUUGACGAAGAUGAAAUCUUAGCAAACCUGUCCCCUGAAGAACUGAAGGAGCUACAGUGUGAAAUGGAGGUCAUGGCUCCAGACCCCCAAGUGCCGGUUGGAAUGAUACAGAGAGAUCAGACUGAAAAACCCCCAACAGGAAACUUUGAUCACAGAUCCCUUGUUGACUACAUGUAUUGGCAGAAGGCAUCAAGACGGAUGCAUGAAGAUGAAAGAGUACCUGUCACUCUCUUACCUUCGGAGAGACUCACUGCAGAGAAGUCCAAAGAAAAUUGUGCUGAUAUUAGCAAUGAGAAGCAAAUGGUGACAAAUAAUGCAGAGAAAACAAAUGGAGAUGUAAGUGACUAUAAAGAGAAUGAAGAAGAGGAGGAAGAGGAAGAGGAAGAAGAGGAAGUAGAAGAAGAUGAGGAAGAGGAAGAGGAAGAGGAAGAGGAAGAACAAAAUGGAAAACAUAAUGAAGAUUUGGGAACAAAGAAACCAUAUGGUGAAGGGGAUAGCAGAAGCAAACGUGAAACUAUGGAGUCAGACACAGAAUCAGAUGAAAAACAAGAAAACAGUGAGAGGAAAGUAUCAAAAUUAAAUAUUCCAAAAAAAUUAGCCAUAGAUGCCAGUUUUAUUAAGUUGAGUGCAAGGCCUUCAGGAAAUCAAACCAAUUUAGAGGGGAGCCUGGAAAAAGUCCGGAAGAAUGACCCAGACAUGACAGAACUCAACUUGAACAACAUUGAGAACAUCCCCAAGGAAAUGCUGGUUGACUUUGUCAAUGCUAUGAAAAAGAAUAAGCACAUCAAAACAUUCAGUUUAGCCAACGUGGGGGCAGAUGAUAAUGUAGCUUUUGCCUUAGCCAACAUGCUACGUGAAAACAGGAGCAUUACUACACUUAAUAUUGAUUCAAAUUUCAUCUCAGGUAAAGGAAUUGUUGCAAUCAUGAGGUGUCUGCAGUACAAUGAGAAGCUGACUGAGCUCCGUUUUCACAACCAGAGAAGUAUGUUGGGCCAUCAAGCAGAAAUGGAGAUCUCCAGGUUACUAAAAGCCAACCCUACACUACUAAAGAUAGGAUAUCAUUUUGAACUUCCAGGUCCCAGAAUGGUGGUUACCAAUCUGCUCAGCAGAAACCUCGAUAAACAGAGACAGAAAAGGAUAGAGGAGCAAAAGCAGCAACAGUUAAAAAAGCAGAAAGAGUUUAUAGCCAUGUUAGAGAAUGAACUUGGGUUGCCUCCUGGGAUGUGGGAACUGCUAGGGGGACCAGUGCCUGCUUCGAUGAUGCCUCCUCCGAUGCAGCCUCCAACGCCACCUGUUCCUAAAGCUCUAUCUGUUAGCAGAAAAAAUGAACCUGAAAGAAAACCAGACCCUGAAAGCAUAAGCAGCAAUGAUCCUCCCUCCUUCAAAAUAGUGAAACUCAAGAGAACCCAGCGCAAACCCACUAUAAAAGAAUAUGUGGAGCCAGCCGAAAAAACCAAUCUCAAAGAUGUGAUCAAGACACUCAAACCUGUUCCGAGAAGACGGCCACCUCCUCUGAUGGAAACAACUCCUAGAGAUAAGCUACUUAAUGAUAUUCGUCAGAGCAAUGUAGCUUAUCUGAAACCGGUGCCACUUCCCAAAGAGCUGGAGUAGGAUACCCCAUUCAACUGAAGGAAACAACUUGGAGAAGAAAAAAAAAAAACACAGACUGUGCAAGUGUUGCUUCAGAUUGUUUCAGGGCCUGUUUCCUUCAAAUGGAAGACAUGGGAACAACGCUUAAAGCAUGCUGCCUGUUGAAGUGGUGAUUGAAAAGGGUAGAAUGGAAACAAUAUAAAUGGUUAAUAAUUCCCAUCCACAUUCAAAUAAUGGGGGCUAGUGCCACCCUAUAGUCUGUCAGCUCUCUGGGCUUUCAUUUCAAAGGGGGUGGGAUGGAGGGAUACUUUGCUUCCCCUUAUUAAUAAUUAAGUUAUAACUUUUGUGGAUUUCUUCAGGAAAAUCUUUUUGCAAUCAUAUCACCUUCUGCUUUUAAAUUUUACAAAAGCAUAUGGUGUCCUUUUUGUGAGUUUUUCUUGCUGUGGUUGCAAGGCAUGUCCACAGGCUUUAAAACAGGUGCGGUUUGUUUGGCAAGCCACUAUUACUUUUAUUUUUAUUGGAUGAAGGAUACUGCAACUGAAAAGCUACUUUUGGAAAAGGUUGGCAACCAUCCACAACAGAAGCUAAGAUAAGAGAUGAUGACUAUGGAAAUUCCAUGAACAGAGCUUGCUCUAGGUUUUAAGAAACUCUUAGUCAGGACACCCUCAGUGGGCUCUUAUUUUCAGAGCCACCGUUGCCAGCUGCUUGUCCUAGUGGAGGGUGAAAGCACUUUGGACAGCUCUUUGAAAGUUCAGACUAAAUCAUGGAGCAGAUUCACUGCCUCACUGGCAUUGGAGCCACCAGCCUCCGCCGGCUUGUCCUCAUCCCUGCCCAUUGCUACCAUCCAUGCAGCCAUCCAGAUAGAAAGCUGGAGACUGGCAGCAGCUACUGCUGCCCCUCCUCCUCUACAGUGGUAGAGCCAUUUGCAUGGUCAUCCUCCCUGGACCAAAAGGAGAGGGCAGGUGAGCAAGCAAAUGACAAUGAAGAGGAGGAGCAGGAGCAGCAUGUCUGGGAAACUCUUGACAAUGAGUCCUCUGCAGAUACCAAACCCUACCUGUGGCCAUAAAAAUCAGCCUUUGGGUCUCAGCAAGGCUUGUCUUUGGGAAAACCUCAUAUUGGCUUGACAAGGCUACAGUUUAGGUAAUACCAAAAGUAUGAAGGAUAAGCUUCAACAAGAAUAAGCAAGGCCAGAAUUAGAUUUGCUUGAGAGUGGCCUACACUUGUACCCCAAGGCAAUUCAAGCAAGAACUCUGAAUUGGCCUUAAGAACAUUGGAACCACUCUUGGGCUGCUGUGCUCACAGGCUCCCAUUCUUUCUUGAAGAGAAUAGCGUCAUGGUUUCAAGCUACAGAGGGGCACAUUCUGUGAUUUUGUUAAUUCUUAUCAGUGUCUAAAAGCAUGGCAUGCUAGGUUUUUUUGAGAAAGGCUUUUUCCACACCUGAUAGGUCCACACUGUCCUUGCUAUGCCCCUGAACUUCUUUUCUUUCCAGAAUCCCCACAAUCAAGCCCACCCGCUGUAGUUAUUACAGUAACAGAACUGGAGCUUCAGAUCUCCCCUCAGGCCACUUGUUAACUGACUGCAGGAGGUGGGGCUGAGCAAUGCCCUUUGCUAGAUGCCUUCCUCUACGUGCUUGGGGCACUGCCCAAUUCAGAACAGCAAGUUCUUUACAAGCUGGAAGAGAAAACUAAGCCCAGUCCUUGCAGAAGACUGAACAUUAGCCGCUGGAGACAAAGGUGCUAAUCCACCCUUGCCCAAAUAUUUAGCAGUUUCUAAAAGCUGGCCUAGCCAACCACUUAACUGGUCCAAUUGUUUUGAUUUUUAAAAAAGCUAUCCAUAUGGUAUGUGCUGAAGAGCAAAAUACAGCAUUACAGUGUGUGAGCAAAAGGUCUCUCCCAUCUUGUGUAUGGGGAAAAUAUUUUGGAGGGGGUAAAAAACAGGCACACAUCAAUUUCAUUUGCAAUCUUUUACUUUUAACAUUACUGAAUUCCAGUAGCAACGAGGCUACUGCUGUGCUUGCAUAAUGUAAAUUCAUCUAUUUGCUCUUCAGCUAAGUAGCAGUGUCUGCACAUUCAUUUAUGCCUUAUUCACCACUAUAGCACUAACAUUUCUAAAGCUGCAGUGACAUUCCUCCCCACCCCCCUUCAGUCUCCUCUCACUUUGCUAUCAUGUAUGAAACUGUACCUCAAGACUGGGCCACAAAACCACCUUGUGCAGGCCAACUACUUUUUCCUCCUUCAUGCUCACAGGCAUUAGUGGUUUGGCAUGAGCAGGACAUCAAAGUAUUGCAUACCACUGUGAAAGAAGAUGGAUCAUGUAAGCUUGAACAUUUUGCUUGUGGCAAAGGAGUACAGGCAGAUAAAUUGCAAAGAGACUUGUGCUUCAGACUUGUACAAACUUGUAUAUGUGUGGCAUUCAUGCCAGGGUAAACUAGGAAUCCUGCAGGGCAACAACUCUAUCCAUUACAUUAGGAACACCAAGUCACCACCUAGUAAUUUAUGCUGCCUCAGGUAAAUUAUAUUUUAUCACUAUUCACCUGUGGAGCUAUAUUACUUACAGAGCAAUAUAGCUGUUGCCUCCUGGGAUGAUAAUCAACAUCUGGGACCUGUCCCUCUCCCAGACUUUGUGGUAUUCCAUUCACCAACUAUACCCCCCCCUGGUGUUAAGACUCCAACUUUAAUCAGCCCCAAGCACUAUGGCCAAUCAUCAGGGAUGAUGGGAGUUUUAGUCCAAUAUCUGGAGAGCCACAUAUUCCCCAGUUCUGUACUAUAGGAUGAACAUAUUUUAAAAGGUACUGUUCAUACCUUGAUACUCCUAUAUGAAUCACAAUCAAAUGAAACUCAGUGUGGCUACAUAUGCUUCGAAACACUCAGUGUAGCUUUGCUAUGUAUGAUCAAUCAUAAAAUGGUUUCACAA